UACUGUACACCGAAGAAUGAGACUGUAUUGCCUCAGAUGACGCACUGCCCUCUGAUGCUCGUUUUUCUCGUGGUUUCCUUGCACAUAUUUACCAAUGAGAAACUGAUCCAUUGUUGUCAGUCCUAUUGUGAGUCCGCGUGGAGGUAGUUUUGUUUUUCUGACCUUCGACGGGUUCGAACCGUGACUACUUUUUUCAUUAGUCAUUUUUUUGACACCCGGCAAUUAGUAAAAAUUUCGGAACCUCGAAUUUCGAACAAGCUCGAAAAACGAAGAUCAUUGUACAAAAAGUUUCAUAAGUACGUUGAAAAAAAUGCAAAUGAGAAUUGUGUUUGUGAAAUAUUGGUUUUGUAAUAUUUAAGGCUAUAAUUAAUAUAUUUAUAAAAUGUCUCGACUUCGAAUCAGCGUGUUCGUACUCUUGAUUAGCAAUUUAGCAAUAAUUACAGCUGCUAAAACUACGAAAGAUGUUUUGCAGUGUCGAGACGAGGACAACGAGCCAGUCGAUUGGUUCGUUAUGUACAAAAUUCCUAAAAUCCGUGAAUCGAGUCUCCCCGACGUGAGGGAGGGAAUUUCUUAUCUGUACAUAACGGACAAAACAGUUGGAACCGGAUGGAAAUUAUCGACAAAGGAUGUUACUUCGAAGAAUUCUAUUCCUGCGAGAACUUUGGCUCCGCUUUACAAUGACAAACUUUCGUCGAAACUAUUAUGGGUGAUGUACAACGACCAGCCUCCAGAUGGACGCGCGAACGCGAACUACGGUCAUGCGAAGGGUGUCGUAAUGACGAAUGGGGAAAGUGGUUUUUGGUUGAUCCACAGCGUUCCAGGUUUUCCGUUAAUACCGAAUAGUGGGGAGUCUCGACGCCGUCGAAUUACGCUGAACGAUACGACCGAGGCGGAAGAUAAAGUUCCGGAGGGUGAAUACGGCUAUCCCGAUACCGGUCGAACAAACGGACAGAGUUUUAUGUGCAUAUCCGUUAACUCCGAUCAGAUUGAUGUUAUCUCACAACAAUUGAUGUACAAUCAGAUUAUCGUUUAUCGUAAAAAUUUGCCGGAAUCUACUGCGAACGGAUAUCCCUCUUUCGUCGAUGCUUCGAAUCAAGUCAGAAUACGCGAUCCUCCGUACAAUAAAAAAGCUGUGAUACGAUCGACACUCGGUUUGGAAUUUACGUCGUUUGCUAAAAGCGACAAAUGGCAACGCGAGUUGUAUGACGAUUUCGUGGGUCCACAAUUGAAUUCUGAUUUACUGGUCGAAUCGUGGCAAAAUGGGCGAGGGAAAUUGCCGUCCGAAUGCAAUGGCUCUCGAGUACUCAAUAUCGAAUCGAUCAAUCUUAGAGAAGCAAAUGUCGUGUUCACAAGCACUCACGAUCACUCGAAAUGGGCAGUAUCCAUGACUAAUGGAAAGCAUGGAAAUUGGGUCUGCGUUGGAGACAUCAACAGAGCAGAAACUCAAUUCAGUAGAGGCGGAGGAACUGUUUGUCUGAAAUCUCCGGAUCUAUGGAAAUAUUACAGAAACGUCGUGAACGACAUGGAACCUUGUCCGAAGAAAAAUGUCGGAAUAUUUGGAAAACUCAAACAUUGGUUCAGUUCUAAAUUUGGAUAAUCCAGUUGAAAUGGUGCGAAUCUUCUUCGUGUAUAUAAAUGUGAAGUUGCAAUAUUUAUGUGAUUUGAAUAUCAAACAUAUCCAGUCUUUGUGCAUCUGCGAUAUUAUUGUUUAUGAUAUUGUUGUAUAUUGCUAUGAAUAAAAUGUGUGACUAUUUGACAAGAA